CGGCCCAAUAGUUUAUGUUAUCACUAGGGUUUAUGAUUGUGAGCAUCGUCUCCCUAUAUAAAUACUCUAAGCCGCUUAACUUGAGCCUCUCCAGGGUUUCUUCCAUCGUCGUUCUGAAGAGAAAUCUGUGAAGAGCCUUUAGCGAAUCAAUCAUGAGUAAGCUUCAGAGUGAUGCAUUGAGAGAAGCUAUCUCAUCUAUUAUGCAAUACUCAAAAGAGACAAAGAAACGAAACUUCACUGAGACCAUUGAGCUUCAGAUUGGACUCAAGAACUAUGACCCCCAAAAGGACAAGCGUUUCAGUGGUUCUGUCAAGUUGCCGCACAUUCCUCGCCCCAAGAUGAAGGUUUGCAUGCUUGGUGACGCUCAACAUGUUGAAGAGGCUGAGAAAAUUGGCCUUGAUUACAUGGAUGUUGAAGCUUUGAAGAAACUCAACAAGAACAAGAAACUUGUUAAGAAGCUUGCUAAGAAGUACCAUGCCUUUUUGGCAUCAGAAUCUGUCAUCAAGCAAAUUCCUCGUCUGUUGGGACCUGGUCUUAACAAGGCAGGGAAGUUCCCUACUCUGGUAACUCACCAAGAAUCACUGGAGUCAAAGGUUAAUGAAACCAAGGCAACAGUGAAGUUCCAAUUGAAAAAGGUGCUCUGUAUGGGAGUAGCAGUUGGAAACUGUGCAAUGGAGGAGAAACAAAUCUUCCAAAAUGUGCAAAUGAGUGUUAAUUUCCUAGUAUCCUUGUUGAAGAAAAACUGGCAAAAUGUGAGGUGCCUCUAUCUGAAGAGUACUAUGGGUCCGUCAAACCGGGUCUUUUAAGAAAUUCAUUUUACCUUGCUAUUUGGAGUUGUAAUAGGAAAAGACUACUGGGAUGCUCAUAUUUUGAAAUUUUAAUUUUGGUAUCUUGGAUGUUUAGUAAUUUUAUUUCUAAUGUUAGACUUUUGUGAAGUUUUUCGUUGGAGAGAUUUUUAUUGAAUCUUGCAUUGCGUUCAACCCUAAA